UCUUUGUUUACCAUGAACAUUUAUAGAAAGUUGGCUAGCUACGUUGUCUGGAAUCAGACACUGUUUUUUUUUUGCGUAACAAAUGACUAGUUCGUUUGCUAUCCAUUAUAUAUUGUGUCAUGUUAGCUAUAAUUUGCAUGACUUUGUUAGCCAGGACGUUAUCUUGUAGAAAUACUUUCACUUAGAUAUAUAACGUUAUCUAACGCGAAAAGGGCUAUCGUUCAAAUAAGCUAAAUGUUAGCUUGCUAUACAGUCCGAUUUACUACUUUGUUAGCUAACGUUAACUAACUAAUGUUUUUUUUUCGGCAUCUUAGCAACUGAAAUGACUAGUUAGCUAGCUAGCUCCAUGGCUAGUCGUAAUUGUAUCGUUAACUAAAGCCAGCGGUGAAACUAUCAAGGAUGUCGCUCCUAACUACUGAACCGCGAGAUAUGUUGUUCUCGCUUGUCAUCUAAUCAGGGACUGUUUUCUGGACUGGAUACUUUAGUCGUCUCUUCUUCUAAUCUAUAAAUGAACGAAGAAAGAAAGAAAGGCCGAAAAGACAGAUUCCCAGCACCAUGCCUGGUAAGUGAAUCCGUGGCAAUGGAAGGAAAAGGGCCCUAUCAUAUCUACGACCCAGGCGGGGGCGAGGCUAAGGCCAGAGAGGCCAGGGAGGAGGGCAGCAGCGUUGGAGCGAGCAGCUAUAGACUACUACUGGAAGAGAACAGCGUGCUCCGAGAGAGGAUGAAGGGACUCAAGAGCUUAGGAGACCUGUUGGAGGAGUCUCAGUGGGAGGCUUCUAAGUUGCGUCAGCGUGUAGAGGAGCUGGUCAGAGACAACGAGGCCCUGAAGUCUUCUACCUCCAGCUUCGCUACCAGUCUGUGUAUGGGAGGACCUGUUCAGACUGAGAUACAGGGUCAGGGGAAGCUUCACCGCCAGCCCAGUAACGACCAGAGACCGAGUCAGUCGUGUCUCUCAACGGACAAGGCCCUACAUCAUGAUCAGCCCAGCGAAGGUCUGUCCGAGUUUGAGGUGGUGAAUAUGGAGCAGAAGACCUCCGAUACCCUGCCGGCUGGUGCAGGAACAGGACAGCUUCCUCAGGAGAACCAGGAGUUAACCAGUCAGCUACAGCGUCUAGAAAGCUCCUUCGGUAUCUUUGCUGAGGCGUCCAACCCCAACCAGCUCCUAGCCCACCUGGGACGCAUGGCUGUCGAGUUCCACCACCUCUCCUCCAAGGUCCAGAAGAACGAGCAGAGGACCUCCCUCCUACAGACUCUUUGUGAGCAGCUCAGACACGAGAACAGCGAGCUGAGAAAGAAGAUGGAGGAAGACCUUCAGUACAGAAAUGGAGAUGUGGAACUGUUGAGACCAGAGAACCUGAAGCUGAAAGAGCAGGUAACGGGAGCAGGAGAGACCGUGGCAGAGAGCGAGGGGCAGCCAGAAGCCAAAGAAGACGUGGUGAAAGAGGAAACUGCCAGCGUUAGAUCCAAGAUGGAGGUCAGCACACCACAGAAGCGGAGGGGGAAUGCCACAGAGAUGGAGAAAGCCCUGGCCAAGCCCUGUGACCCAGAGGCCUACGAGAAGAAGAUCAAGCUUCUAGAGAAGCAGAGGAAAGAUGUACUGGAUGUUAACAAGCAAUGGGAUGCCCAGUGGAACUCGAUGAAGUCACAGUUUGAACAGAAGAUCACAGACCUGCGUCAGCGGCUAGCGGACUCCCAGAAGGCCGUGCAGGAGUUAGAGGCGGAGCGAGAACAGAGGCAGCGGGACUACGAUAAGAAGCUGCUGCUCGCCAAGUCCAAGAUUGAGAAUGUACAGGGGGAGAAGGAGUGUCUGAACUCUGAGACCACAGAGUUGAAGCAGAAGAUUCGUUACCUGCAGGAUCAGCUGCUGCCCCUCAGUAAACAGAGAGAGUACCAGGAGAAGGAGAUACAACGCCUCAACAGGGCUUUAGAAAAGGCCCUGAACCUGCAUCCUCCCCCGUCCUCCCAGCAGCCACCGUGCCAGGGCACCAGUGGUAACCAUGACGACAUGCCUAGUAACUUGAGGCAGGAGCUUCUCACUCAGAUAACGGUGUUAAAGGAACAGGUGAAGAUCUUUGAGGAGGACUUUAGGAAAGAGCGGAGCGACAGGGAACGAAUGAACGAGGAAAAGGAGGACUUGAGGAGACAGGUGGAGAGGCUGCAGGGUCAGGUGACCAACCUCACCAAUCAGGCCCAGAGGGAGAGAUGCAAGCUGGAGAGACUACAGAUGCAGCAUCAUAAACAGGGCCAGCAGCAGCAGCAGAGGCGUACCUCAGACCCCUCCUCAGGCACUAUGAACGGCCCUCUGAGCCCUCCCUACUGUGGUCCCUUUAUGCAGGUGGCUCCAGGAGGAGGCCCGGGACAGGACGUCCGGACAAUACAACCCAGGAUCCUCAACAUCGCCGCGGCCGCCGACAGUGUAGCUCAAACGGAACGUAGCGACUUCACACCGGUAAGGCCCAGAGGACCCAGGUGGGCCGGCGCCGGGGAUGGUUCCAGACCACCACCAGAGAACAUGGAUCAGUCCACCGCAACUGGGUUUGGAAGAAGAGAGCGAUAGAAUAUUGACCCUGGAAAGCACUAAGGUCCUCUCUACCAUUUGUUCUCUGACCGUGGAGCCAGCUGGGUGGUAGCAGCAUGAAUCAGUUAGUUUUCUGUUGACCAGGUGUGAUCUGAACUAUAAUUUUCCUACUGAACUGUAGAUAUCCUGUUGUAAUGUUGUUUAUACUUGCCUUUUUAUAAGCCUACUUGUGAAACACUGUUUUCGCUAUUCAGAAAUAUAUUAUAAUUUAGAUGCGUUUCUUUUUUAACCUCUUCAUUUUUUGGGGGGAGAUUCAACAUCUGCUUCAUAUGAUUCUAUGCAGGAACUGAAGUCAUUUGUGUGUAAUAGGUAGAAAUGAUCCAAAUGUAAUAUUUAAGACAAUAUACCCAUGAGAUUAACGGCUAUUGACGAUCGUCCCACUUGCAAAAUAUGUAAAGUUUCUACAAAGCUGUUUUGUUUCUCGUAAGGUCAAAAGGUCUAUUAUCCCAUGUCAAUAACAACAAGUACUACUUGUAUUCAUUCCAACGAUUUAUAUAAUGAAAAAAAGGUCAAUUGCCUUGGAAUUGGAAUCCAUAGAAAUCGUAACCGUGGGAUGUGUUCAUUACUGUUGGUGUUCUAGAACUCUACCACAAGUAUAACUGUUCAUACAGUGAUUGUUAUAACACAUUAAACUUGGGAAGUGAAUUUAGCUGGUAUAUCAUGCCCUUCCCCCCCAAAAAAAAA